GGCCGCAAAGAUUUUGCGGAUUUUCCGCUUCACGCUCGCGCAUGCCCGCGCGCUCCCUCGAUCCACUACCCGUACUCUAGUACACCAUACUUUGUUUGCUUGUGUUCUGUGCACGACUUCACGUGGUUCUGUGGUGGAGUUGUGGUGGCUGUGUUUACGGCACGUGGUGAGCGAGCAGGUAUACAAAUUCACUUCCCUGCCGCUGUCGCUUACGAGCACCUUCAAAGCUUCUGCUGAUCUUAGUUGUGCCCGUCAAGAUAUAGGCCAUCUCUGCACCGUUGACAACAAUUAGCCGCAAGUGCUGAUUGCGGCUGGUUGGCUCAGUCCAGAAACAGGACUGCAAUUGCCCCACCUAUUUUCUGCAGGCCUCACAAAUGCGAUGAGCCUAGCUGAAAGCAUCACUGCCAAAAGGGUACGCCACGUCCCUUCAAAGGUCCUUGGUCAGGUCGAGGUUGGCAUGCAGCACAGCUUGCCUUUGGCUGACAAAUCUGUCGGCUGCUCGUUAAAACCAGGGAGCGAGUCUAGGAGCGUGCAGACUACGGAGGCUGUGGAACAGUUAAGCUCCACCUCAGCAUCGAGGCCUUUAAUUUCUGCAUCAACUGCCAAAUGUGACAACUCAAAGCAAGGAUGCUUCCACCGAUGUCAGCUAUGUGACUAUGAGACUGAUGAACUAUUUCUUCUGGAAGCACAUGCCAGCGUCCAUACUGGCGAGAAGCUGUUUCAUUGCCCUUUAUGCCCUCAGAGCUUUCCACAGAAGCAGACACUGAAAACCCACCUGCUCACCCACACAGGCAAGACGCCAUUUCAAUGCACUUCAUGCUUUCGGAGCUUCUCGAUAAAGGCUCACCUGCUGCAGCACCUGCGCAUCCAUACGGGCGAGAAACCAUUUCAUUGCCUUUUAUGCCCUCAGAGCUUUUCUCAAAAGUCCAACCUGAAAAGCCACCUGCUCACCCACACAGGCGAGAAGCCAUAUCAAUGCCCUUCAUGCUCUCGGGGCUUCUCAAAAAAAUAUCACCUGAAAGCACACCUGGUGACUCACACAAACGAGAAGCCAUAUCAGUGCCCUUCAUGCUCUCGGAGCUUCUCGCGAAAAACCUCCCUGAAAGACCACCUGUGCAGCCACACAAACGAGAAGCCAUAUCAGUGCCCUUCAUGCUCUCGGAGCUUCUCGCGAAAAACCUGCCUGAAAGACCACCUGCUCACCCACACAGGCGAGAAGCCAUAUGAAUGCCCGUCAUGCUCUCAACGCUUCUCGCGCAAGUCCUGCAUGAAAGCCCAUCUGCACACCCACACAGGUGAGAAGCCAUAUCAGUGCCCUUCAUGCUCUCAGAGCUUCUCGCGAAAGACCUCCCUGAAACAGCACCUGUACAGCCACACAGGCGAGAAGCCAUACCAGUGCCCUUCAUGCUCUCGGGGCUUCUCACAAAAGCAACACCUGAAAGAGCACCUGGUGACUCACACAAGCGAGAAGCCAUUUGACUGCCCUUCAUGCCGUCAGAGCUUCUCACGAAAGAGCAACCUGAAAGUCCACCUGCGCAUCCACACAGGCGAGAAGCCAUAUCAGUGCCCUUCAUGCUCUCAGAGCUUCUCAUACUUGAGCACCUUCAGGAAACACAUGAGGCGAGAAGCCAUUUUAGUUCCCACUCUACCUUCAGAGAUUCUCGUUCAGAAAUGCCCUGAAGAUACACAAGUGAAUUCAUACAGGUGACCGGCCGUAAAGUUGCACCGUCUGCUCCAGGUCCUCAUCACUUGAACAGACUUCAGAGAGCACAGCACCAUGGUGCUGUUAUAUAGGUCAACAAUCUCGUUCAACUAGAUUCUGAAUUACAAAAUAUACAUAUGUGUAGUAUGUUACAUAGUGUUCUACUGCAUCAGGUAGCACAAGUGUCUCUACAUACUCCUGAGAGCAAGCUUUAGCUUGAGCCAAACUCCGAUGCCGCCUAUUCAAAUACAUGUAAAAUGCAGAAACGCUUUUCUGAAUAACCAGUGGGUCGAUUAUAAUGAAAUUUGUUACAAUUGGAGAGAAAAAGUUAAAUUCUGGUGAUUGCUGGAAGCAUAGUUUUGGUUGAAGGCCUGAAUGUUAUAACAGGAAUUUACACAGAUGGUCCAGCAUGAAAAAAAUUGGAGCUAGAACUUCAUAAAUUUUUAGCUCUGUACCUGGAAUAGAUAUCAUAGCUCAGUAAGCUGCAUAAGUUAGACCUUUCAAAGCGGACAAAUUUGAUGUAUGAAUUUAUUUCUUUUGUUAAUUUCUUACACUAUUUACGGGGACCUUUCAAAUGUCCUACUGACUUAUUUUUUACUUAUUUAUUUACAAAUGCUGCUAUCUCAUUUAGAGACAUAGCAGAAGUGGGUUACAUACUAACUUAUGAACACAAAAAUGUCAACUAACAUGGUUAGGCAGUUCUUUCCGAAAUUGAUUAGUCGGCAAUAAACGCAGAGAACCAUCUAAAUUAUUCCAUAAUUCAGCAGAGUGGGGAAAAAAAGAAAAUUAUUAUUGCAAUGAAGGGAGCUAUGUUUAAUGGGUGAAUACGUCGGGUUACUUGCUCAGUAGGUGUGAUUAGCAAGGUAGGCGCUGCCACAUUUGAAGAUGGGAAUGAUGUUAGCUUAUUUCCAAACCUGGGGAACUGUCAACGUCUCAAGAGAUUUGUCAAAUAUAACUGUUAAGUACUGGGCAUUCCCUUCAGAGUAUCGCUGUAAAAAUUUCUUUGGCACUUCGUCAGCUCCAGAACGUCUUGUAGUAUCAAUUGUUAGUAAUAAGUUGUGAACACCAGCGUAAGUUAUAAUGAGAGCAGGAAGGCCUGGUAAAGUGUUGUUGAUGCAAAAAGGACGAUCGACGCCAUCGUCCUGACAAAAUACAGACUGAAAAUAAGCCUUGAAAGUUUCGAAAAUGCUCAAAGGAAGGGUGAUCGUUAAUGAUCAAUGAUGAAGUGUCAUGAGCAGCCGGAAGCACUGUUUUCCAAAACUUCAAUAAGUUUUCUUUCAACAAUGAUGAUAACAUGGUGUCGAAAUAAAAGUGCCUGGCUUCGUGCAUUUUGCUUUUUAAUUUGGACAGAAGCAGGUGCAGUAUUCAGCAUUGGUUGCUCUGACUGACAUUUUUACGUUUCUGAAGCCUCUUGAUGCCCCUGAUAAGAUGAAUAAUGUCCCUAUUAUACCAAGGCUGCUUCGGGUUGCAUUUCACGCACUUCUUGGGAACAAAUUGCGAGAUGCAUUUCUUAACAAUGUUGCAAAACAUAUCAAACAACUUGUCCACACUGCAAAGGCUGCUACAUUGUGGAAAAGCGUCAGAAGAGGAUGCUAGAAUAUUACCAAUAGAAUUGUCAUCAGCAUGGGAAAAAUUAUUGACAAUCUGAAAAUCAAGUCUAUUGCACUCACAAGUGACAUCAACCUUCAGCAGAACUCCCUUGUGAUCGGACAGGCCUUCUAUGAUUUGGCAGUCCUAUCCAUUUAGUAGUGACCUUUGGUUACGGAAAAUCAGGUCUAGGAUCGAGCUCUCUUGGGUAACGCUACUAACAAUCUGUGUCAGAUCUAACGACAAAACCAAGUCAAUAAGUGAGUCACAAAUCGGCCUGUCGUGACCAUACGAAGCCAAUGUACUCCAGUUAAUAAAUGGAGUAUUGAAAGCACCAGCAAGGAUCAAUUUGCAGUUGUGAAGCUUGUGUUUUAAUGUAUAAUCACAACAAUCUGGAAAUAUAUAUUUUUUUUCAGAAUCAGGAGCCCAGUAUAAAGCGCCAGUAGCCACCACAAGAUCACCUAUUUAUAAUUUGCACCAUACCGACUCGGUGUUAGGAAAACUCGCUAUCAUUACAAAAUCAAUGCCUUUGUGAAUAAAUAAAGCUACUUCGCUGCCCCUACCACAUAACCUGUCAGAUCGCAAGACAGAGUAAUUAGGAGGCACAAAGUCACCUUCCGUGACCAAGUCAUUUAGCCAGGUCUCAGUGACACAGAUCAGAGAUGGUUGAUGGCAUUCAAUUAGCCAAUUGAAGUGAACUAGCUUGUUCAAUAGGCUGCGUGCAUUUAUGUUCAGAGGGGCUAGGUUGUAUCUAUACCGAAGUAACUCUGUGCUGCUAGUGGGUAUGUUGCUGGAAGUUUUGAUACGCGACUUGCUGGUGUCAUCCCAUCAGUAGCAGACGCUGUCUACUAUCAGAAUGUCAAAGCUCAAUCGAACCUUGUUCAUUUUCCUAAGCUCGACCGAAUUAACCACAGACCUCUGCAUGUCUGCCACACAGAGAAAGAAAAAUUCUCACUGAUAUGAGUAUCUGACCCUUUGAAUUUAAAAGCAUUCCUUAAUAUCGAAGUCUUCACUCUGAAAUCGAGCAACAUAAGUAUGAUAGGACUCACCUUCCCAUUUUUUUGUGCACCGAGCCUGUGACAGUGCUCAACACAGUUGCAUUCUAUUUUCAGUUUCGUGGAAAGGAGCUUCAGCACAGCGGCAAGUAGUUGCUCAGGGGAUUCAAGCGAUGGCUCAGGCAGGCCAUAGAUUAUUACGCUGUUCCGACGUGAUCGGUUUUCUAAAUCGUCAUUUUUUCUGCCCAGCAGUUCGAUGGCUUUUCUAAGGCCGUCGACUGUUUCUUCUAGAGUAUACACACGCUGGUCGAUGCCAGCGGCGGCCAACGCCCACGCUUCUAUUUUCGAGAUCCUAUCUUCAAAUGCAUCAAUUUUAGCGGUCAGACUUACUAAAUCUUGGCUUAUUCGUGUUUGGCCUUCUAGCAGUUCCGUGAGCAUAUGUUCAGUUUUUGUGUAUGGGCCAGGGUUUGACUCUACAUCACCCGACAUAAUUAGCAAUACUCUCAAGGAAUGCAGCAAACAAAAAAAGGUACACAAAACGCACUCUGGGUCUGGCAGCAGCAGCAAACAACGAUCAUCACUUCUGAAGCAAUGUACACGGUGUCUAUUGCUUACCUGCAAGAUGAAGCAAGCAACGUUCAGACAGCCGUUCGCCAUGCUGCUACCGGACCCGCUGAAGAGCAGAAGCCGCGAGUCUGGCUUUAUAUCUUCCUGUGACCACGUGAGCGUUGCAGCAGUAGUCCGCCAUCCACUGUUCGACCAGCACCGAUGAAGUUCGUCGUCGUCAAUAAGCAGGUUCUCGUGUGAUACGAAAUCACACGUGCCGUUGAAGGUGGAAUCCAAGUUCACAUGUACCGGAAUGCCACGCAACCGACAAAUGGAAAAAGCAUAGUCCUCCGCAUAGUGGCGGUCGAAGCAAGCAGAGAUGUGCAAGAUGAAGCAAGCAAAGUUCAGACAGCUGUUCGUCAUGCCGCUAGCAGACUCACUAUUAUUCGCAUAUUUUAACGCCUUGUAUAAUACGUCAAUUGUGUCCACUUUAUAGAUGUCCUACUUGUGGAAUUUUACAGAAUUGUGAUAUUUUUCAUUGCUCAGUUAGAUGUAAACUCUAUAGUUUCGUUUUCUGAAAAUUCGUCAUUUUCAACAAUUGUUAAUAAAGGACUGGUGGCCUAAAUCAAAAAUUCACUACCAACAGUCACUAGAUUCUAUUUCCUUUAUAUGCAACAAGCCUCAUGAGGUUUGGGGCUGUAGUUGUCAAGAAAAACGAUUUUUCCUUUCCCAUACAUUUAUAUGGGAGCCCCCAAGCUCAAGCUUGCUCUUAAAGGGUCCCUGAAACACUUUUGCAGGGUCACCAUAUUUCUUUUCUCAACAUGUUAUCAAACACAGAGCAAAAGGAAUUAUGUGAAAUGACCCACAUAAAGCCGUAGCAGAGAAAAAAAUCAAAAUAAAGUUAAACUUUAAUUAAAAGAAGUCGGCAAAAACAGCUAUUUGCUUUGUUAUAUUGUGGCUUUUCAUUAGUCGAAAAGUAAUCGAUGUUUAUUCGUAUCUCACAAAUUACUGUUUGCAUGCCCCAACAAACUAUGUAUGUUUAUUGUAAUGAUUAUUGUUACUCUACAGAUGUCUUAAUGAUGUGUUCUUUAGGCUCCGUUUUUUUUUUCAGUAUUCUUUUUGGUACGUAUGAACUUGUUCUCUUAGACCAAUUCAUGUAUUUGUUGGCUCUCUGUUCUGGUCUACAUGGUUCAUCGUGGAUUCUGUUGAUCUUAUUCUAUUUGUGCCUUUAUUUUUUUUUACAAAUGGGUACUUUUUUAGAGGAAUUGAUAGUUCAGUAAGCUUUCCACUGUCUGUUUUGCCAGAGCACCAAAUAAAUGCCAGUGUUUGUUGAG